ACAGUAAUGAGCAUCGUACGGAGCGAAGGGCUGGGAAGACGGAGUAUCCAUGCACCAAAGUGACCUCAGAACCAAGUGACCCUCAGCAGAUGUCAUCAUUCAAUCAGGAGGACCAUGCAGCAAAGGUGCAGGCCCAGGCCCAAGCACAGGCCCAAGCACAGGCACAAAAGCAGCAAUCACACACACAGAAUCACGGCCAUCCGCACGCUCACCACAACGCCCAUGUGCUGCAGUUGCAGAGACCAAAGCCCCUAACACAGCAGGAGAGAGAACGCAUUUUUGCCUACAGAGAUAAAUACUAUUAUUCUCCGAGGUACUCUGACGACGAAUACGAGUACCGUCAUGUUGCGCUCCCACGAGACAUGCUGAAGGUAAUCCCCUCCGACUACUUCUCCGACAAGGGGACGUUCAAAAUACUGGCUGAGGAGGAGUGGAGAACGCAAUUGGGAAUAACACAGUCCCUCGGGUGGGUGCACUACGGCUGCCAUGCACCAGAGCCCCACAUUCUUUUGUUCCGCAAGCCGAAGGCCUGAGCACGGGCCGCAAGCUUCUACACCACAAACUGACUGAUUCCCAAUUGCACACCACAGACCCUCUCAUCUAUAAAAUCUGUUGUUGUAUAGAAAGUCCACUCGUAUGUAUUAUAGCAUCGUAGAGCAUAGUAUUGUCACAUCUAGCAAAGCAAGCAGCAUAGUAACAUAUCGCGACACCGAUUCUGUCGCACUUAUCUGCGCUCAGCGAUUACCUUUUUUGGAAACUCUCUGAUCUACGAC